AGACCUCGCAGUCAUUCAUUCUGGUGCCACAGGACUGGCGAGGAGUAGCAGUACAGCCUCCCUGGGCACCGGUGCACAGAGAACCCCGAAACAGGAUUUGGGUGUUUCCUGACGGGGAUAACUUUGAGACUAGUGAUUUUACUCGAUACAUCUCAGUCGUACUUGUCGGUAAAAUGAUAUCUCUCGGUACUUUGCUAUUUCUGUGCGUUCUCAGCUCCGUCGUUUGCGAUGAUUACGACGCCACGCCCAUGGAAGACCCCCUCGAACCGGUUUGGAAGCGCAUGAAUUCCCUCUCGGGCGAAGUCCUCAAAGGCUUCCAGACGCAGAUGGACCAGUUCCUUCGAGACGCCGAAUCGCACAUCGACAGUAAAUUUCGUAAUCUCCUGUCGGAGGUCAACAGAACCGGUUUAGCGACGUCGCCAGCGGGUCCUGGGGCUGAUCCAGACAGGCAGGUCAACCUGGUGAAGGAGGGCGUGACGGCGUGGAUCGAGAACUUCUAUAGAGACACCAUCAAGAAGGAGAACGAGGCCGCCAUAGCGAAAGCCUCAGGGAACAUCCUGGUGAAGUUGGACGCCCUGGAGAAUAAGCUGAUCGAACACAUCAACGUGAAAAUCAGCGCCCUAGUCAGCGCCGGCACGGGACCAGGUUCCAACGCUACCGGAGGGGCGUUAGCUCUACCGGCGGGAACUUACGUAGGCGACAUGGAGUCGGCGAUAACGAACCACAUCACGGGGAAACUGACGGACAUAGAGAACAGCAUACUUAACCACCUGACUGAACUGGCGUCCUCCUUGAGUGCCAGUCAGUCGAAACUGGACAACAUCCAGAAGCACCUGUCUAAAAUCGUGGAGGAGAUCGGCGACGCCGGGUUCUCCUCGUCAUCCUCUCCAGAGAGUUCUGCAGCUGGAGGUGAAAGUUGCGUUCUGUUGGUCAACAAAGUGACGGAGCUAGUGAACGGGUCUCAGCUGACGACAGAUUUCCUCGAACAACAGGAACUUCGAUGGAAGGAGAUGCAGUCUGUGAUUGCCGAUGUUCGUGAUACGCCCUCAUAUCUCCCUCGAGAUUGUUCCGACAUCCACUGGCAUCAUCACGACGCCGGGUCUGGAGUUUAUCAAAUUUAUCCCAGUUUGGACCGUAAGAACAGCGUCAGCGCAUGGUGUGACAUGGGAGAUGGUCAACAAGUAACUGAAGGAGGUUGGACCGUCAUCUUACGUCGGAGGGAAACAGACUUCGGACAUGAGGAUUUCAACAGAUCUUGGGCUGAAUAUUCGGCGGGCUUCGGCGACCCGGCUGAAGGAGAAUGGUGGUUCUCCUUGUCCUUCCUCCACUCUCUCACCUACAGGCAGCCUUACAGCAUCAAGUUCGUCAUGAAUGACAUCGAACUCGGAAGUUUCUACGCAGAAUACGACACGUUCAGGGUGGAGGACGAGACGCGCUCCUACCGCCUGAUCGUAGACGGGUUUUCAGGCAACGUCACCAACGACGCCUUUAAGGGCAAGCACCACGGAAUGCCCUUCAGUACCCCAGACGUCGACAACGACAACUACAGCAAGGGAUCCUGCGCUCUUUCGAACAGCGGGGGAUGGUGGUUCAACGCCUGUUACUACACCACGUUGACGGCGCCGUUCCCCACCAGCGCCGACAGGGAAGCCAAGACCAUUCGCUGGGUUCACGAUUCAUCUUGGCUGGUUCUCAACGACGUCACUGUCAAGAUCAGACCAGCUGGGUAUGCACAGCGAUUCGACACACACAGCGUCGAAUAAUACUUGUAGUGAAUUCGACACUUUUCCUCUUUCGUUCAAACUCCCAAAAAUGGCGGCAAACCGGAGGAAGAAAGAGAAAAUGUAUUUUUUUAUCGGACUGGUAAAAAUGUCUUUUCAUCGAAGCUCAGAUUGUCGUAACAGUUUCGCUAAAUGUCAUAGUGUUUAUCAAUAUCAUUUUUCUGGUGCACAGAUAAUUUCGUAAACAUAACUCUUGAUAUUGAUCUUUUGACCCUUCAAGUUCCUGGCAAAAUGAAAGCACGGUUUAACUGCUGUGUUUUGUUGCAAUAUCCUUAAAGGUAUAGUGUUUCAUUUUAAUUAGAGGGAGAGCCGUUCCAAAUUUAUAAUCCUUAAUACUACUACUACCACCACCCCCUCAUUGGAAUGGAUUAGAUUGGUUAUUUUUUGCCUGUUACAUUAGUUGUUUCUAAAUUCGUGUGAAGUGCAAUACGACAGGUUUUAUUGGAAAAUAAAUUCUAUUGAAUAAGUAGGCCUAUCUACUGAAUGUGAUUAGCUCCUUUGUAAGGUAAGAACUUGUCUUUGUUAAGGGAUUAAAGUUUGUUUUGAGCAGUACUUUUUUGAGUCUGGGUAACGGGUGUGUUUAUGGUGAGCUUAUACGCUAAUAUGCCAAGUACUUAGCUAGGCUAAAGUUAAUUUAAAACGUAUUUUGGUGUUAAUUUAUGAAAUCUUGGCUAUCUCAUGUAACACAUUAGUCCUUCCUGUACUAUUCUAUAGGAUUUUGAUAAUUAUACAAAAAGGAAAAUGUGCUUGAGUUAAUAUUUCCCUUAAUAUUAGAUAUGCCCGACAUGAGAAAGUCUAAUUCUAAAAGAACGACCUGUUUACACAUGACAUUUCAAGUUGAACGCGAAAGCGUUGCGCCAAGUUGAGCUUUUGAACGCUAAUAGGACUCAUUACUCGUAACAAAUUGUCUUAAAUGUGUAGCCUACGCAAAGUUCAGUAGUUAAAUAACAAUAUAAAGAGACCAAGCCAGAAACAACAGACCUCAAAAUUCCACCAGCGUGUAUUUGAAAUCUAAGAUAUCCCAAACGAAUUAGAGUUUGUGUAUCAAGUGAAAUAAACUGAUCUACUAGAGUCA